GGAGGAGGGGGAGGAGGAGGGGGAGGGAGGGAGGAGGAGGCGCGCGCGCGCUCCUGUUAUCUUUAUCUGUCACCGGCAGCACGUGCGGCUCGGGCAGCGGCAAAGAGAUAUUUUGUGCAGGGGCUCGUGCGCGUUUUACAGUCCAGUAACACGGGAAUAAACGGAGUACAAACCGGAGGGAUUAUUGUCCUCGUGCACAUCACGGGGGGAAAGCACGAGACGGAAAGACGUGAGAUUUAAAGGGCCGCUGUGGCACAAGGACGCCUCGUCAUGUCUGAUAUGAAGCUGGUCAUAGACUCAGUCUGACCUCGGCAAGGGAACCUCUUUGAAGUUAUCCCAAAAUAUGAUGCAAAAGCAGCAGCCGACUCGCACCUCUCCGGGAAGUGUGCGUUCCCUGCGAGGAGCGGCAGAGUCAGGAAGUCCAGCCCUCGCUAUUAUGGUGAGUAAAACAAAAACACACCUCACUCUGUCCAUCAUUACAUCUCUCUGUUAUUCUCUUCUCCUUUCUCCCCGCUCCCUCUCCCCUCCCCUGUCUCCUGAGAGCUCAGUCAUGUCGAAGGAGUCGAGGGAGUGUGUGGAGCAGAAGUCUUCAGGCAGCUCGUCUCCGGUCUCCACCCUGCUGUCUGUGUGCAGGAGGAGCAGUGUGAGCAAAAGCACACCUCUACAACAGCACUUCCACCGGCCUGAUAACGGCACAAAUAUUUACAAGAAGCCACCGAUCUAUAAGCAAGACAUGUCUCGUGUUGCUCAAGGUAAACACAUGGAGGAUCUGAUCAUAGAGUCGUCUCGUUUUCCUGCCGCUCAGCCGCCCAACCCAAACCUGCCAUCUAAGAUUGAAACCGAGUCCUGGCCCUGUCCUCCAUCCCUUGCUGUGCUGGAGACUGAGUGGAGGAUGAAGUCUAAGAAAGCCACAGGAGAGGAGGAAGAAGAGGAGGAUGAGUAUGAUGAAGGUGAUGACCUGUCAAGACUCAGACAGAUGCAGAAACAGGAGCUCAACAAGAUCCAGUCUAAUUUAGGGAAGUUGAUCCUGAAGGAGGAGAUUGAAAGGGCGACACCAAUACAGAGGAAAACUCGCUCUUUACCCGACCGCACGCCCACUCCCCUUGGAACCAGAUCUCCAUCAUUCCCUUCAUACGGUCGGAGUGGGCUAAGUCGGCUCCAGUCUGCAGAAUUUUCCACCUCACACACUGAUAAAGCCCAUAACAAUUUUCAGAACGGCGAUGCUCAGGGCAGGAGGAUGGACAGAGGCAACUCGCUGCCCACGAUGCUCGAGCAGAAGAUUUAUCCCUAUGAGAUGCUCAUGGUGACUCGAGGCAGAAAUAAACUUCCUCCAGGAGUGGACAGGACGAGGCUGGAGAGGCAUCUCUCUCCCGAGGAGUUUAUGAAUCUGUUCGCCAUGACGAUGGAGGAGUUCGAUCGCCUGUCGCUCUGGAAGAGGAACGAACUUAAAAAAGGGGUCUCUCUCUUCUAGCACUAUAGGGGAAAAGCUCUCGCACAAACACACGCAUUUCUCUUUAAAAGGAGAGUGAGGACGAGAAUCCACCAGCAGGACGAGAAACACACACGUCACGAUGUCUACACCUGCGCUUACACUAUCAGGAGCUGUGAUGAUGAUGAUGAUGAUGAUGAUGAUUUGACUCAGAUUAAUACAUUCACUCAGAAGCCAUGACACGCCGCACUAAUAAAAUAAUUAACACAGAUAACUUUAACUGCCAGCUCUAAACAUGUGCCCAUAAUCAGGUCUAUAAAAAAAGUGGAAUUCUGUCACUACACUGCCUUUAGAUUACAGAGGAGUUCGAUUGUGGGCGGAGAUAAAAAUCUGUUUUGACAUAGCUAGCUAUUUUAGAAAGACGAAGCUAGCCGGUUACCGUUUGAGAGAUGUGAGCGAUUUUCACCUGGAAUUCUGGACUUUUGUGUACAAAAAGUGGGACGCAAACAUAUGAUCGUUACAUUUCUGUGAUUCCAUCAACAGCAACAUCGGACCAGAGGUGAUCACAAUUAUAUGCAAAUGAGAUUUGAUGAUUUCAAGAUGCGACAAAUCACACAAAUGUCUCAAACGAUUUCUCAGGACAGUCCUUUGACAUUUAUUCGGUUCCCCCUCUUACGGAUUUAGUUCCUAAAAUGGACAAGCCACACCCACAGGUGACAUCAGUACCCAUAGGUACCCACAAAAAACAUGGGUAGCUUGUGGUAGGGUUUAUUGUUAAGUCUCAGAUGGUCAGAGGAAGCUUAGGGCUAAAAAGCAUCACAGUUGCUUAAGAGCCAAUAAAAAUAGAGAAGAGGCGUGGCUUAUGCUAAAUAAACCUUAAGAGUCUGGGUUAGUGCUGAAACAGGAAGCCAUGACCGCAAGCAUUCAGAAAUUAACGCAAUAAUUUUUUUAAUGAAGUAUCAGAUUCGCCCUGCUUAAGCCAAUUGAGCUUCUCAUGCUAAUUUUUAAAACAUGCUAAUUUUUAGAUUGUUGUGAUUACAAAAAGAUGGAAAUGUAUUCGGGACAAGCCUGGCUUCCUGUUUUUACUGAACUCAUCUAAUAUAAAUCAUAUAUUCAGUUUCCACAGAGAGCUGAAUCGACCAAUCAGCGUUGAGAUAAUCUGAAGACGUGAAAUAUAUCUGCUUAACACGAUGGUAGAUUGUAAGACGAGCUCGUGAUCGAUAACGUCUCUGCUCUUAACUCGGAGUGUAUCGAUCACACCGCUCUAUCCCUCCUCUCUCUCUCUGUCUCUCUUUCCCUCUCCCUCUAUUUUCUCCCCACAUUUUGCUGCUAAUGCAUUAUUAAGCACCUUUACCAUUUGGUUAGAUCCUCGUGCGUUAUUUAGGGACGGACGGAGCGUUCGAACAAGUCCUUGUUUUAUCCACCUUAUUUUAAAAUACAGACAUAGCUAACGUUCCUCACUCUCUGUCUGUGGAAGCGCUAGCAGUUAUCAGUAUUGAUAAUAGUAUUGAUAUAGAGCUAGCAGUAUCGAGGCAGUAACAAUCCCAUGUUAGCAACAUAACAUAAUUCGCUAGUUUCGCUAGAUAACGUUAUCAGUGAACGUUGCUAAUAUUAAUCAUGUUCCAUUAGUGAGGUGGAUAGAAACUAGCAUGCCUGAAAUAUCUGUUCAGCUAUCGAGCAUCUAAAAUACAUCGAGCAUCGACUGCUUGGGCUGUGUACAAAAUACUUUUAUCUACAAAAUAUUUCUUGACAGCAUUAUUUGCUUAUUUCUUCUCAUUUCUUUGUCUUUUACAUUUUCUCACAAAUGUUUUCUGCAAGCUAACCUGACAGGAAUUUAAACAAUGGAAUUUUCCAGUCAGGAAUUUUCAAAAACUAGCUGCUAAUAUUAGCAAGAUGACUAGCGUGCACUAAUAUGACAGGAAUUCUAUUAAGAAUUCUAUCUAAAACCAAGAAAUCUGGAAAUCAACUCUACGACUAAUGUUGACCAGCAGGAGCUAAUAACUAGGAAUGAAUCCUGGGAUUAAUUUUACUUCAUAUUCGAUGGUAACUUAGAGGAAGUCUAGCAAGUUAAAUCUGUUUAAGCUGAUGGCUCUCAAUAUUACUAAAUUUGUCAUAAACAGUUGCUAGCUAAAUUAGAAUAGAUAUAUAUGUUGCUCACAUUAGUGUCCCUAGUGUUAACUGCUGAGAGGGUUAAAAACAACCUAGCCAGGAAGUAGCUAACUUGAAAUCUUCCACAAAGUAGCUCUGAAAGUAAGGUGGAUAACAAGACGUUUCUUGGGAUUUUUAGAUCAACGUAUUUGGUUUUCCCCGCUAGCUGAUUUCCUGCUUAGAUAAGACUUAAUGCUCUUAUUUUGGAGUGUUUCAUAUUAGAAAGUUUUUUUUUGUUUCUUGUUUUUUGUUAUGUUUCAUAUUAGAAAGUUUUUUUAAAAUAUAUAUAAUAUAUUUUCAUUGUUGCUCCUUUUUUUAAUCAUUCGUUCAUCAUUCAUGUUAAGAGUCUUAAAAUGACUCGUGGGAAAAUGCUACUAAUCUGCAAAAUCUGAUUAACAUUAGCGCUAUUAGCAUUAAACUCUUCCUUAUGGGAGGUUGCCAUUGGAAGCCCUGGAAUUUCACCUUCACCAAUUUAAGGAUAAGCCGAGUAGAUAUUCGAGUCUUACGGGAAAGUUAACUAGCAUCUGUUUAAAGCCGUAUUGAAACACGGCGUCUCUUAUGAUCUCUACAAAACUUAAACUAGAGAAAAAAAAUAUAAAUGCACACUUGAGACAUUCCGCAUAAAACUUGUAGUAGGCAAUUUUUUCUAGCAACAAUGUUAACAACAAAGAUUAACAUUUUUUUUAUUUCAGGAGAAUUUUGACAUUUAGAUAUUACAAAGACAGACAGCCAAUCAGAUGUCAGGGGCGGGGCUUUACAAACAGAUAAAUCCACACUCUUGAGUGUAAAUAUUAUUAACAUUCCAAUAUAAUUAACAUUUACAAACCGUUUAUUAAUCAGCGUGUGUGACAGUAUGACGACUUAAACAGAUCAGAACGAGUUUAGAGGGAAAAAUAAUCACGAUUUAAACAUUUAAACACAGAAUCAUGUUAAAUGUCACUUACAGAAAUAUCAUCACUUUGUUUCUUACUCUUUAUUUUAAAGCACUGGCUGAAAAUAACCGAAAUAACUAAUGAGUGGUUCAGUGAAUGUCAUUUGUUAUGACUGAGUUGUGCUAAUUGUUCUGUUAUUUUCUCAUAAUUAAGAGUUUUGUUAUCCUGAGUUAAUUAGUGAACUGUUAACACUUGGAUUUUUUUUUUGUUGAAUAAAAGUUUGGGGUUUUAUCGUG